AAGACUUUGACUUAAGGCUUCUUUCAAAUCCGGUACAAAAUUGGUGCUUUUGGAGUUAUCAGUUCUGUAUCAGCUUUAUGCUUUUUGGGUCAGCUUGGCUGAAUCUCAUUUACCUUUGAAGCUGACCUCAAGGCAAUUUUAGCCUCUAGGUGAAACAAAAUGUUGGCUGGAAGUCCCUAUCUGGCAGUUGUCACUGUAAACUCUGUAGCUUUCAGUGUUGGUUUUUCUGUGGCUUCUGAGUGUUCACCAGAACCUUCUCAUUGUAGUUGCCUUAAGGGCAGCUCAGAACAUCUCCCUCCUGGCAGCUUGGGCUUGCUUCUAAAAUGUUCUUCAAUAUUGAUUUGAUCUGUGAAGUUUCCUUUCGGUAUGGAAAGCUUCAGUUUUUCUCUGCCAGUUUUUUCCCACUGACUUGUCUCUGCUGUUUUUUCCUCAGUGUCAGAGGGUAACGUGCAGGGAAUUGGUGUGUCCUUCUGGCCAAGCUGCGUGGGCCCACAUCACUCCUCCAUCAUCAGCAAAGGCACCAGAGGUGGAGUAGCAGCAUGGAGGAGCAGGUGAGACUGGCAGAGCUGCCUGCAGCCUUGGACAGCACACUCAUGGUCCCCAGGAGUGGGCUUCAGCAUGCAGCUGUCACCUCCUAUGGAUACAAACUGCAGUGCCUCUGGAUCCAGGUGAGGAAGAUCGCCAGGGAGAGGGACAAGGCGAAGCUGGACUUGGAGAAGGCAGAGAGACGCUGCCUGCAUCUUGGCAGGGAGCUGGACGAGCAGUACGUCGCUCUCAAGCACACCCAGAGCAAGCUCAGGGAUUAUCAGGCAGAAAUAGAAGCAAAAGAGCUGCUUUUGCAGCAAGCAGUCAGUCACCAAGCAAAGCUGGAGGCCGAUACACAGUUCCUCCAGGGCAAAGAGGCCAGCCUGCAAGGGAGGCUGAACCAUGUGAUGAAGCAGAACACAGAGCUGCAAAACAAGGUCACAGAGAUGACUGAGAAACUGUCAGCCUCUGAGGAACUGGUGUUGGAGCUGCAGAAAGAACUCAACCACAUUGUGAAGGAAAAGCUGGGCCAGGUGGAGCCCCACAGCCCGGAGUUCCUGAGCCAGAGCGAACGCUUUGCCGAGAUUGUCCUGGAGUACGAGCGGCAGUGCCAGAGAGUCAAGGUGCUGUAUGACCAGAACAGGGCGCUGCGGAGGGAGCUGCAAAGGCUGCGUCUCCAGCUCCAGGAGAGCAGGGCUGAGACAGGGCUGCCAGCAAGAGGCCUGUCCUUACAGGGCUCCUCUCUGCCAGAACGCCCCUCUCCAAGCCCUCUUGUUCCUACUUCUACAUAUACAGAGAUGUCACUCCCAGUGGAGCAGCUGCAGGAGCUGAAGGUGCAGCUGGAAACCAAGAUAAACUAUUACAAGGAACAACUAGAGUUAAUGCAGAAAAACUUUGAGAGAGAGAGGAAGGACAGUGAGGAGAGCUUCAAGGCUGAGAUGUGCAAGAUGGAAGACCAGAAGAGAGACCUGGAAGAAACAGUUGCAAAGUACUGGGCUGUAAUUAGUAGCCUGAAAGAGCAAAAACAUAUGUGGAGUGUGGAGCUGGAGGGGAGGUUUGAGGUGGAGCAGGCCAGGGUGGGACAGCACCACACUGAAGACAUUUGCCAUCCAGGGCAGCAGCUGGACCAGGAGGGAGAAGAACUGAGGACACAGCAGCACCAGGACAGAUUGAGCUGGAGGAAACACAUGAUCAAGUUGGGCAGAGAGAAGGUGGAGGAGCUGGCUGAAAUAGCAGAGUUAACAACAUUGAGUGAGAAGAGCAAAGAGGAGGUCUCCCACCCAAAUGUCAAGGUGCAUCAGCUGGGCUGUGAACUUGCUGGGCACAAGGCUGGUUACAGUGCUGGCCCUGGCAGUGCCCAACUGCAGAGCCAGAGGCUUGCAGAGGCCGAGUGGCCACGAGGAGCAGAGGUGGCUGCAAGGCUGGAACACCACCAGAAGCAUGCAGCAUGUUGGAUGGAGGUGGAGCUGCUCCAACAGCAGCUGAAGGCCUCACAGGAGAAGCUUUUAGAAGCCAAAGCAAGCCUGAGCCUGGCCCAGACCCAGCACGCUCUGCAGUUGCAGCAGGCCAAGGCCCAGAUAAACAACAUGGUGUCAAAGCAGCAGUUUGAGCAGCUGCAAAUCACCUUGAGAGAGGAACAGUGCAAGAUUCAGCAGCUCCAGGAAAACCUCCACCAGCAGGCUGAGCAAACAUGCAGGCAGCUGGUCAGCACCCAGGCAGAACACGAGCACCUACUGCAGGCAGCUGUGGAGCAGGCAGAGGGGCUGGAACACAGCCUGAGGAGUGCUGAGGCUGUGCUGGCAGAGAGGGCAGCUCAGCUCAGAGAUGCCCAGGCCCAACUCUCCAGGAACAAACUGCUGAUCGAAGACCUCCGUGGAGAGAACAGGGGGUUUGCAGUGGCCCUGCAGGCUGCUGAACUGAAGCAGAAGAGCACGGAGGAGAAGAACCAGCUGUUGGAGGAGCAAGCCUCAGCUCUGAAGCAGCUUAUCGGAAAAAUCACACCAGCAUCUCUGAGUGGGUGAUGGGACACCUUCAGUGGCAGUCCUGCCCCUGCUCCUGGCUGGGGUUGGUCGGGUGCAGAAGGGGAGGUAUGGCUGGGUUGGGAAAUCAGCCUUGUCCUCUCUGGUCUUGUCAGGAUGUUCCUGCGUAGAAAAUAGAUAAUGGAGAACCCAGACCUUUAAGGAAGUUUGUCCUGUGGAUAGCUGAAUUUUCCAACUGAAAGCACCAGCUUUGCUGCAUUUCUCAGUGGCAGAGUGUGCUGUUAUAAGUCAGGUCUGUCUCAGGGCAGCCAUCCCACAGGAUUUUCUUGAACUCCAGCAGUGUUUGGUGGUGAUGCAGAUGCUCCCUCUCUGUGGAGGGUUGAUAUUGAGGCCACACUGUUAUGGCUGGAAAGCCAGGGCAGAAGGGCUUGCAGGUUCCUGUGUCUGGCUCACUCUGAUCAGGAAAGCUGUGUGGUGGCAUUAAAAUGUUUGUAAUAUUACAGCACUUCCUGCCA